AUGUUUUCGGCGGAAGAUGCAAAGGAAGUUUUCCAAUUACAUUCCUCCGAGGGUGAUGUCAGCAACCCUUUGAUACUGUCAUCGUCCGGCGACGGAUUCGUGACACGCAAACACGUCCAUCAAGCGUUUGAAAACCUGGCCACAAAAGUAUACGCUACACAAAGAGUGUACUUGUCGUCUCUGGCCCGCGACUUGGACGUGGAUGUGGACACUGUGCGUACACUCGUGGAUGGAUAUGAUGGUACACUCGUUCUGCGCAGCGGAAAGGGUCUUGAAAUCAUCACUAAAGCACAGCGAGAUGCAAUCAAUCAAGAGCUGCAACAUGGCAUUGCUACAAGCGUUGUUUCGAAGACUGAGUUUGCAAGCAAACACGAUCUGUCACACAAAAGUCUGGAGAACCUAAUCAAUCUCUCAGAAAUGCGUACAGUCGAAGUCGACGGCUACCUUUUCAGUACCUCGUACUACACAACUGCACUAGAUGCUGUCGCCGAGCUGCUUAGAGAUCAUCUCCAAAGUCUACAAGCCAUCGAUCUUAGUUCUACAAACGUCCCCGGCUCACCUCCGGCAUGGUUUAUCCACCGAAUUGUCAAAAAUCUCCUGGAAGACCCAGAGUUCAUCAGGAAGUUUUAUGUCGAAAAGAAGUUGGACGGCGUCCAGUGUACCCCAGUACAGCUAGUCAAGCGGAAGCAUGAUACUGUGAUCGAUAACCUGCGAUUAGGGCAGAUCGCCUACCUGGAUUUGCACAGCUUCCAACGCGAAAGUCAAGCACUAUAUUCAUCCCUUGAGGAAGCACAAAGACAGCUCGAAAGCACACAAGACGUCGACGUUCAGGGUACCUUUGCACUGUCACAAGCCUGGAUCUCGAAGUUCAGUGAGGAUUGCUUGCAAGGCUUGGCCCGUGAUAAUGGAGUUGAGAUUGGCCAUCUCCUUAGAGCCCGUUUCCCCAAUGUUCUACACACUAUCGUUCUAGACAAAGUCGAGCAGGCAAUCCGCGCUCUUUCGCCAGAGAUACACCGUGUUGGCGACUGCAUACUGAACGAGUCUGGCUACUCUUAUGACCGUAGCGCUCUACUCGACCUUGCCAAAGCCGAUGCCGCUUCCCAAUGGCAGCAACUCAAGGAGAGCCCCAGGAUAGACGUCAAGUACUCGCUGUCCAACAUCACCAGCCAAAUCCCAACCAACAGACCGACCUUGCAAAAUCUGAUUAAAGAGAGAACGAUAGAACGUGCGGUUGAAGACGCUUUCUCUGCUGAGUUGUUGGAGCUCGAAAAGCAGAAUGAAGACGAGUUCGCAGAGUUCUGGACUGAUCGUGUAGCCACACGCACUGCCAUCUAUACAGAAGGUCUGAGCGCGGUAGAGGACCAGAAGUUGCAAGACCAGUUAUCAGAGUUGCUCGCUCAAUAUGUGCAGAAGGAUCUCGUGCCCGACGCGGUAUCAAAGUCCAGCUCACAAGGAUUUGUGUUGAGUCGAAAAACCCGCAAGAACGUCCUGAAGCUAGAGUCUGCUCUGAGUGCCGGCAGCAUGGACGUAUCUGCGCUUACCACUUCUCUUGACAGGUUCAACAAGAAGCAGUCAAUCAACGCACCAACAACCUCAGCGCUGGAGAUGUCCAAAGAGACCAUGCUCAGUGAUAUGGCACGGAGGAUGCAGAAGCAAAAAAAGUCCGAUGGCCCACUUCUCUUCUUGACGCUGGUCGUCUUUCUCUUCGCCAAACACAACGCUGGUAUUCUCUACGCAACUGGCAAAUUUGCACCCAAGCUGUUGAAACAGCUCAAAAGUACUCUAGACGCAGGCCAGUACGAGCUCCUAGAAGCAUGGAAGGAAUCUGCAAAGGCAGGCACCCUGAGUGCAGAGGACAGAGACGCCAUGAAGAAGAUGGUCGAAGCCCGACUUUAA